GAUCAGAGUCUAUGGUUGUGCGGAAGUGUGCGACUGUCGACGUUAGCUUAUCUUUACGUUGAUUUAGCAAAUGUUUCAAGGGGGAAAUUGCAUCCACUGUAGCCAGAGCUGCUCCUGCCGGCGCUGAACAAAGAUAAUUACUCAGGAAAUGUUUCAGCCAAUCCGCCGCAGCCUUACAUCCUGCCAGUGAAAAGAGGCCAUUCAGUGUCUGCCUUCCAUCAGACGGCCCGAUCAUCAAGCCUGAACUGCCAAGCCCUUUCUGUCUCAGGACUGAGACUGUCCUCCAUGUUUUAUAAGUAUUGACAUAACACUGUGUUAGCCAUGCAUCCACAGAGUUUGGCGGAAGAAGAAAUAAAGACGGAGUCGGAUGUGGUAGAGGGGAUGGACAUUUCCACACGAUCCAAAGUUACAGAUCCUGGAUCAGCCGAAAGAGCAGCUCAAAAACGAAAGCUGCCCAGUCCCCCUCACUCCUCUAAUGGGCACUCCCCUUCAGAAACCUCACCCAGUCCCAUCAAAAAGAAAAAGAAACCAGGCUUACUUAACAGUAAUAACAAGGAACAGUCAGAACUAAGACAUGGUCCCUUUUACUAUAUGAAGCUGCCACUCACCACAGACCCUGUUGAUGUUGUACCACAGGAUGGACGGAAUGACUUCUAUUGCUGGGUGUGCCACCGCGAGGGCCAGGUCCUCUGCUGUGAGCUUUGCCCACGGGUGUACCACGCAAAGUGCCUGAAACUGGCAGCCGAGCCUGAGGGGGACUGGUUCUGUCCCGAGUGUGAGAAAAUAACGGUCGCGGAGUGCAUAGAAACUCAAAGCAAAGCAAUGACGAUGCUAACAAUAGACCAGCUGUCUUAUCUGCUUAAGUUUGCACUCCAGAAGAUGAAACAGCCAGGGGACCAAGCUCGCUCGUCUCUCUCCCCCCACGCAGCCGCCCAGCAGAGAAAACCUAUUAAUUGGACUGAACCAUUUCAGAAACCAGUAUCUCUGGAACAACAUCCAGAUUAUGCAGAAUACAUUUUCCAUCCCAUGGACCUCUGCACAUUAGAAAAGAAUAUCAAAAAGAAAAUGUAUGGCUGUACAGAGGCCUUUUUGGCAGAUAUGAAAUGGAUCUUGCACAACUGUAUCAUAUACAAUGGAGGUAAUCACAAGCUGACAGCAACUGCUAAAGUCAUUGUAAAAAUUUGUGAACAUGAAAUGAACGAAAUUGAAGUUUGUCCAGAGUGCUAUCUGUCAGCUUGCCAGAAGAGGGAAAACUGGUUUUGUGAACCAUGUAGUCAACCUCAUCCGCUUGUAUGGGCGAAGCUCAAAGGGUUCCCAUUCUGGCCUGCCAAAGCACUGCGAGACAAAGACGGACAAGUGGAUGCCCGAUUUUUUGGGCAGCAUGACAGGGCUUGGGUACCGAUAAACAACUGCUACCUCAUGUCUAAAGAGAUUCCUUUUUCUGUGAAAAAGACUAAGAGCAUCUUUAACAGUGCCAUGCAAGAGAUGGAAAUCUAUGUGGAAAACAUUCGCAAGAAGUUUGGCGUUUUCAACUACGCCCCCUUCAGGACGCCCUACACUCCCAACAAUCAGUUCCAGAUGCUGCUGGACCCCUCCAAUCCCAGUGCGGGCACCGUCAAGCCCGAAAGACAGGAGAAAAUCAAGUUCAACUUCGACAUGACUGCCUCUCCCAAAAUGCUCCUGGGCAAGAGCAUGCUGCCUGGGGGGACGAGCCGGAGGAUCUCCCUGACUGAGAUGCCCCGCUCCCCGAUGAGCACCAACUCUUCCGUCCACACAGGCUCUGACAUUGAGCAGGACAUCUCUGAGAAAAGUAUCAAGGCCCUUCCCAGCCACUACAGUGCCGGGGAGGAGUCCAUGGACUGCACAGCCUCUCCUGCAUCUGUGAAGAUGGGGCACACUGGCAGUGCGACAGGCAGCCCCAAGACCUUCUCUCCGCAGGCCUCCACACCCAUUGUCCCUAAGCAGGAGAGGACGUCCACCACUGGGAGCAUCCUCAACCUCAACCUUGAUCGCAGCAAAGCAGAGAUGGACCUGAAUGAGCUCAGCGAGACAGUUCAGCAGCAGGCAGCCCCUGUGGUCCUGACCUCCCCGAAGAGACAGAUCAGGAGCCGCUUCCAGCUCAACCUGGACAAAACCAUUGAGAGCUGCAAGGCACAGCUGGGUAUCGAUGAAAUUUCUGAAGAUGUGUACAAAGGUGUGGAACCCAGCGACUCGGAGGAUUCGGAGAAGUCGGACUCCAGCGACAGUGAGUACAUUAGCGAGGACGAACAAAAGCCGCGCAACGGCCAGAACGAGGCCGAUGACAAGGACAAACCUGAGAGGGACUUGAAAAAGAAGCCCAGAGCACCCUCUCAAGGAGAAGAUAAGGACAAAGGUGCAGAGGGUGUAGCGGUGGCGAAGGCCGAGAAAACGACCACGGAAUCCCUGUCAAAAGAUAAGCCGAGUGUCGACUCUGACAAAGAGCCCCCGGAAAAACCCAAAAGCUCUCAGCAUCCAGCAAAGGAGAAGCCCAAACCGAAGGAUGAGGGGAAGACCUCCUCUGUGGACUUGGACAUGGACUCAGACUCUGAGCGGGAGCUGGUGAUCGACCUUCGGGAAGAGUCGGGCUGGGAGCGCAAGAAGACCAAAAAGGAGCCAGCCACUGCCACCACACUCAAGGAUCCCACUGUCACCAAGCUCGAAGGUAAAGCCCCUUCGUCCUCAAGUGCAGCAGGUCCACCUGCAAGCGAGGCGUCCUCAUCAGCUCCAAGUGUCAAAGACCCUGCCCAGUCCUCCGUCACCAUCCCCCUCAAUGUGGUGUCCUUUGCUGCCACCACCACCUCCACUCUCCUGCCCACUGUAGCCACCAGCACGGCCUCCUCGGUGGCAGCCUCCUCGUCCUCCGUUAAAAAGCAGCGCCCCCUGCUGCCCAGGGAGACUGCCCCGGCGGUGCAGCGGGCGGUAGUGUGGAACCCCACCAACAAGUUCCAGACGUCCUCUCAGAAGUGGCACAUGCAGAAGGUCCAGCGGCAGCAGCAGAGCCAGCAGCAGCCGACUGCGCAGACACAGCACAGCCCCCAGCAGCCGACUGCGCAGACGCAGCUGCAGUCCACAUCAUCUAUGCAGCAGCCGUCCCCCAGCACACGGUAUCAGACACGGCAGGCGGUGAAAGCUGUGCAACAGAAAGAGGUGCCGCAGAGCACAUCCUCUACGGUCACCCUGGUGACUGGCACUCCAGCUGUGCCCAUGAUCUCUGCCCCGGGGACAGCUGGUGCCCCCUCCUCUUCCACCGUAACUGGCGACUUCCAGAUCGCCACAGCCUCAGCGGAUGUAGCAGCAGAUAUAGCAAAGUACACAAACAAGAUUAUGGAUGCGAUAAAAGGAACAAUGACUGAGAUAUACAAUGACCUCUCUAAAAGCACAUCAGGAAACACAAUAGCAGAGAUUCGACGUUUGAGAAUAGAAAUCGAAAAACUACAGUGGCUUCACCAGCAGGAGUUGUCUGAAAUGAAGCACAACCUAGAGCUCACCAUGGCGGAAAUGAGGCAGAGCUUGGAGCAGGAGAGGGAGCGUCUCAUUGCUGAGGUAAAGAAGCAGAUGGAGAUGGAGAAGCAGCAGGCUGUUGACGAGACCAAGAAGAAGCAGUGGUGCGCCAACUGCAAGAAGGAGGCCAUCUUCUACUGCUGCUGGAACACCAGCUACUGCGACUACCCCUGCCAGCAGGCCCACUGGCCCGAGCACAUGAAGUCCUGCACACAGUCCGCCACAGCUUCCCAACAAGAGACUGAGACAGAAGUGACUGCAGACACCGGAGGCAAGUCCUCUGGUCAAUCCGCUAGCGGCCAGCCUUCCCCGACAGAGCCUGGAGCUGCCCUCGCAGACAAGGACGCUAACAUGGAGAAAAGCAAGGAUGGGGUUAAUGUCAGCGUCUCCUAACUGCCAUCUCGCGCAUGUACAAUACAGCCCCUGUUUCAGGGCAAGCUUGUGAAGCUACAUUUCCUGUCUUGCCAAUCUGGGAAUGCAGACAGUUCCUUAAUCUCAGUAUUAAAGACAAGAAAUCCUCCUCCCUUCCCAACACUACUUCACCCCUGCCCACGCCCCGCUCUCCUCAGUCUCAUCACACAAGCAUAUCCAAAGGUUAUGUGACAGGCAGUGAAUAAGUGGACCAGUGGACAAGAUUACUGAGCCUGUAGUUAAACGGAAUAGUCUUACCCACUUACACACUGAGUACUUGGAUGGAUCUGUGCUCUAAUUAGCAAGAGUCGUGUUGACACAGUGGCCCUCCGCUCUGUCAGUAUGGGUUGGACUGUACGACUGUAUGCAGGAGAGAGUGAGCGAUUCUGUUCUUCAUGACAGAGUCUGGGAGGAAGAAAUGGUAUAUGAUUGCAUAUGCAAAAAGGGUCUGAAGUUGCCUCCCAUUUUUUUUUCUGGUAAAGGAAUUCUGUUGACAUUCAUGAGUUUGUUUAACCCAUUAAGGGGGAAAGUCUGUUUCAGCAGUAAGUGUUGCGCUUAAGCCCCAGUUACAACGCCAAUGCGUCUUGUGAUGUAUUUGUCAUUUUUUUGAGUGUCAGUUAAUUUUGCAAGAAGACUUCCUGCUCUUGCUAUGUUCGGUUUCUGCUGGUUUGUGUGUUCUGAGUUUGGUUUCUGUGUGAUUCAAUGUCUGAGUCACUUCCCAUAGUACCAAGGGAAACUUCAUCUUUACCAUAGAACCAUUGUGCGAGUGACUGCAGUCUGAAUCCAUCUCAAGCCAGUGCUUUUCUUCUUUCUGAGUGAUUUUGUUCUACUCUCUGUAAACUGGGGACAAUUGCAAUUAAAAUGGUUGGAUAUUGUAGUGUUGUUAGCAAGGAGAAAUCCAUUUUGUCAUUGGAUGCACAUUUCUAACUUCAUACUUGUGAUGCUGAUUUAUGUAUGAGUGCAUUAAGCGUCUUUUGAUUCUAUAAGCAUAAGAAGUGAGAGAGGCAAAAAGCAGCCUUCCAUCAGACAAUGCUGCACACCUUUUCUGUCAACAGUAUUCAGAACCUGGCAGACAGAAGUCUAGGUAGGGUAGCCUUCUUUAGACUCAACAUUUCAUUUUCAGUUAAUUUAAUACGGGAAGGUGGCAGCGUAGCAUAAGCCAUUGCGGUUUUGAUGUUCAGGUAUGAUGCAAGGGUGAGCAUUAUUGUUUUUAAAUUACAUUUUCUGUUCUAAGAAAUGAAUGAACAAUGAAUAGGAACUGUUCAUUUAAAAAGAGGAAUGAAAUGGGUGGAAUCAGUCAUUCUUUAUCAAACAUAAGAACUUCCCAGAGCCGUGUUUCCAAGUGCUGGAGCCUGGGGUCAUUUGGGUGCAGUGUAAAAUAGAAUGGAAUGCCAGUAGAGCAUGUGGCUCCAAUACCUUGCCACAAUCUCUCUCAGUAGGCUGCUAACUCCAUUGUGUUGACUGUUACUGACCUACACUUUAAUGUAAGGGUAUGAUCCUUUCUGCCAGAAAGGAAGAGGAGAGAAAGAAAAACAGCAGAGGUGGCUGGAACCUUCUUGUGAGCAAAUUUGUCUCAUGGCUUUUGUUGUUUACAUAGUAAAAGUAAAGGUCUGGGGGUCUGGAAGAGCAGGUCCAACUAGAGCCUUACUCUCACGAAUGUACUCAGUACCUUACUCUUGGUCUCCAGAGACUGGGAUCUUUUAGGACACCAGGGAGGCCAAGCAGAAUGUCUUGCUUUCACUCUAAGGCAUUAAUCAAACCCUGUGCCUCCUAUGCUGCUUUUUAACAUGCGGGUGUAGGGAGUUCUACCCUCAACAUUGGCACAGUAGAAAUCUUGAGGAACCAAGUUUUUUAACCAUGUAAUUGAUGGCUGAUACACACACCAUUAUCAUGACAAAUCAGAGACCAAGACUGUCAAGUCACUUGCGUACUGUAUGGUAAAUUGCGAAGAUGACUUCUGAGGGUACAUCUCCUGUUGACCCUGUCUCCCAUCAGGUUUCAGAAAAUGGCUGUGAAUAUGGUCUUAACUGCUCAGCAGCAUUGGGACAACAAAAAGGGUUUCAUCGCCAUCUGCAGGUCAAAUAAUUUCCUACACUUGUUCUCUGAAGUGGUGACGUCAGCGCUACACUACAUUAAAACAGAUUUGUUUCGGUUUACAUACCUUUGAAAUGAACACUGUAUAUGUACUGCUUGCCAUGGGGGGGAAUUAAAUGGCUGUGAAAACAAAAUUAUAACAUAUCUAAUAUUUUUUUAUUAUUUUAACCACAAUAUAUGAGUUCUCCAAAAGAUGACCUUUUUAUCCACAUGUAGCAUUUUUGGCUCAGAAUAGAUUGCUGAUCCCAAUUUUGGGCACUCCAUGCUGAAUGUUCAGAUACAGUAUGGCCUUUCCCGCCAUUAAAUAUUGAGUGUGAGUGAGUGAGUGAGUGGGUAAUGGGGAGGAAGUGUGUGUGCUGGUGUUUGAGAGCAGAGAGAAAUGUAUAGAACCUAUAUUAAUGUGAACUUAAUGUUCUGCUCUGAUCGUGAGGAUGUGGAGACCACACUUGUACUUGUAUAUACAUUCAUGAGUUACACUACAUUGUAUAGCAUAGCACCCUUUUAUUGGGUGGGGAUGUUUGUGGUACUCAUUGCUUUUUUAAAAAAUCUUUUGUAAAUACUGUAAGGUGCUGUUUUUGGAUCUCAUUAAAC